GGUCCCGGAACCGCUUUGAGUUUCAGCUGGUGGUUCGUAACGCCCAAGGUUUCUCCCUGUCGGGGAGCGGCAUAGCUUGGAAAGUCUUAUUUGAUUGGUAAGAAUAAGGGACAUUCCAGCGAUGGAGGGGGAUCAACAGCAAGAGAUUGCUGCUGAACCCGAACCCUUACCUAAUGCAGAAGGCGACGGUCCAGAAGAUGCUUCAGACAUUGCAUCAAAUAUUUCUGAUGCAGAUGCCUUAAAGAUACUUCUGGAGAUGAAGAUGAAGAAGAGACAAAAGAAGCCCAGCCUUCCAAGCACCGUGACAGAAUUUGCAACUGAAGAGGGCUCCAAAGUUUACGUCGUUGGUACGGCCCACUUUAGCGAUAGCAGCAAAAAAGAUGUAGUAAAGACAAUACAGGAGGUCCAGCCUGAUGUGGUUGUGGUCGAGCUGUGCCAGUAUAGAGUUUCUAUGUUAAAAAUGGAUGAAAGAACUUUGCUAAAGGAAGCCAAAGAAAUCAACCUGGAGAAGCUUCAGCAAGCUGUAAAGCAGAAUGGGCUCAUGUCUGGAUUGAUGCAAAUGCUGCUGCUGAAAGUGUCUGCGCAUAUCACGGAACAAUUAGGAAUGGCUCCCGGAGGUGAAUUCAGGGAAGCUUUCAAAGAGGCGAGUAAAGUGCCUUUCUGCAAGUUUCAUCUUGGAGAUAGACCUAUUCCAGUCACAUUCAAGAGAGCCAUUGCUGCACUUUCUGUCUGGCAAAAAAUAAAGCUUGCUUGGGGCCUCUGUUUCCUGUCUGAUCCAAUCAGUAAAGAUGAUGUGGAGAAAUGCAAACAAAAGGAUUUACUAGAGCAAAUGAUGGCAGAAAUGAUUGGAGAAUUUCCAGAUCUUCACCGAACGAUUGUUUCAGAAAGAGAUAUUUAUUUGACUUACAUGCUGAAGCAAGCUGCAAAAAGGACAGAACUACCUCGUGCUUCUGAAGCUGAACCUAGAAGAUGCGUCCCUUCUGUUGUAGUUGGGGUGGUCGGCAUGGGUCACGUACCAGGGAUUGAAAAGAACUGGAACACUGAUUUGAAUAUCCAGGAAAUAAUGAGUGUGCCUCCUCCAUCCACAUCCAGUAAAAUCUUAAAGUUUGUUAUAAAGGCAACAAUAUUUGGACUGGUGGGCUAUGGCUGCUAUCGGAUGGGACACAGGACACUUCGGUUUAUUCUUUCUGUGCCCAUUACACAGAAGUAUCUUCAGAAACUGAUAGACCUAAAAUCUCAGCAUUGAUUCAGGAGACUUUGCUUCUGGUUGGGACAAAAUGGAAUGCACAAGGAAACUGGAAAACAAGGCAAGAGAGUCUUUGUCCCAAAGUCUGUUCUGAUGCCAAGUUACUGCAUAAGCAUUGGAUUGGCAUUAAGUGCUACACCAGCUGCGAUCUAUACAAUUAAGUGUUUUCUUAUCAAUCUAAUAAAAUGUCUGGCAUGAACAUAUAUGCCAAUAUAAGGUACCUAGAAUAUGUACACAUAUAUUAUAUUAAUAUGUGUAUGUAGCAUAUUUAUAAUGAUGAAAUAAUACAAUAAGCCCAAUACGAUCCUCUGGUAACAUCCAACAAGUACCCUAAAAAUGAAUGAAACUUUUGCAAGAACUUAUACAGUUCUUCUCAUCACUGUAGCUUGCACAGGAGAAAUGCUGAGUUUGAUGUGACCCUUGAUUUGUCUGUCAAAGGAACAGAAAAACAGUUGUGCGAAUUGUGUUCUAAUUAGAAAGCACAGUGGCCCCAUACAAUGUGUGUUUUCAUUAUCAGUAAUAUUGAGUUAUAUUUCCUGGAGCCAAGCUAUUCAAUCUUUAGAAGGAUUCCUUCUUACUGGAAAUCUUUUAUACAUGGUGGUUUUUUUAAAAGACAAAAACAAAACAAAAAAAUGAAAAAACUUUUGGAAUAUCACAAAUAUGCUGGCUAUUGUUGAUAAAAUUGUUAUCUUUUGAAAGCCUUACUUGCUUUAAAAGUUGCCUUUAGCAUUACUAAGCAGACGUGAUCCAGCCAAAAUUAAGCACUUAAAAUUUAAAUUGUAUAAGGCAGAAGGCCUAUACAAUUCCUAUUUAAGAGUGCAGAACCUUGGUUGGGUCAUGCUUUUGCUUUUAGGCCUCUAACAAUCCCCCCCCCCCCCAAUAAAAAGUUUAGCUGCAACCUAUCUGCUCCCCCCCCUUCAUUUCAGUUUCUGUUAGAAAACCCAUGUUUAUAGGACUCUCAGUUUCUGUUGACGUGAAUGUCAGUGUUUCAAAAUUACUGAGAAAAUUAUACAUUUAUACUGUAGACUUUUUCAUUCCUUUCAUUCCUCCUUUUGGGGAAAAAAAUCUGGAACAGCUCUUUAUGUAGAAUUUAUCCUUCAUUUCUUGAAUACCAUGUGAGCUAUUAUCAGAAUUCCAUGUGAAUGUAAUAAAAUACCGAUUAAAGGACUAAAUGGAAUGUUAUUUUAACAGAUAUUAGUGUUUUUAAAUUGUCUGGAUUUUGCUAACAUUACAUUAUGGGUACUUUUCAACUAAUUGAACUUUUUAACAUCACAUUUAAAAAAAAAACCUGUCAUGUAUAUUUAAAUGCCAUUAGAAUUAGGAUUGUGUAUUUCUGUCUCCCUACAGAUCAUAAUAACCGUAAUAUUCAGCCCACUGAAAACAUAUUUUUAGGAUUACAACUUGUGUUGAAUUGCCAAAAAAAUAAUAACCUUAUUUCUUCUCAUCUUUUGGGAAGAUGGAUAAAAGUGCACAAUUAGUGAUUGAAAUGACAAGUAGAUCUCAUUUAGUGACUGUCUUGUUUAGUGAUAGUAAUUUACGAUGGUGAUGCAAAAGUCCUUAGUCUUGCAUUUAUGACCAUAAAGUAAAGAAGAGCUGAAGUAAGAUCAUAAGCACAGUUGUGGUUUCACUUAGCAACUGUUUUCCUUAACAAAGAAGUUUCUCUGAUUGCAUAUUUAGCACAGGAAACAUGGGAAUCAAAACCUUCAACUGAGGCCUAUUGGAAACCUGUUUUUGAAAGGUCCUUGGUCUCAUCCCUGUUUCCUUAGCAUAAUCUGGAUCAGAGAAGUGUCCCAUUGAAAGACUAGGACUUAAGCACCAUUAGCUAUCAAAGUCAGAUCUAUGCUUGCCUUGGAGGCAAUGGCCUUAGUUUUCUUACUGCUGAUCUUGUAGUAGAGAAAUAUCAUCAUUGGUAAGGAUGGAUCUUGAUUUUCUUGAAAUCAAUUAGGAGUGGUAAACCAACCAAAGUCCAAUGGUCUGUGUUCCCCAGCAGCAAGGGGAACAAAUACUGCUAAUUGAAGUUCAAUUUCUUUUUUUUAAUGGCACUGUGCGCUGCUAUUCUAUCUACAAAAGCAGCAACAUGAUCUUGCUAGUUAAUUGCAUCAGAAACAAUUUGUUUUGGAAUUGUGCCAAUCUUUGUAAUCAGUCUAAUAGUAGACAUCAGAGAUGUGAGAUUUCUACUCUCAACAUUCCCAACCAACAAGGUUGAAGAAUAUGGAUCCAUCAUAUGGGAUCUGAAUUCAAGAAUCAAAGUAGUUGUACAAGUAGUUGUACAAUUGGGGGAAGGGGGGAGGGAGAAACAGCCUUAAUUAUAUAUAUAUUCCCCUCAUGAUAAACGUAUCAGAACAAGCAUAGAGUCUGAUUCAUGAAAUGAUGGGGGAUUUAAUCAAUAUGUGUACAAAGAUAGUGUCACUAUUCUUCAUACUGCUUUUUGAUCAUGACUAGAAAGAAAUUCUAGUUAAACGUAUCAUGUACAAGCAGUGUUUAAUAAACCAGAGUAUAAUAUUAUGUUAAUUCUUAGAGUUUCCUUUCACUUUUAACACUUCAGUUGAAUCAAAUGUUUACAAGGAAAUUCUGUGAAAAUUAUUCUACUUUUUGAGGAAUUAGCUGAACGGAGGAACUAUAGAGUAUUACCAUUUACACCUUAGUUCAUUGAACAGUUUAUAGUAUGUUCAAUUUUCAAGCACAGUUCUCUUAUUUAUUGGGAAAUAACUCCCAUUAAGUUUAGUGGGAAUUAGCUCACAAUAAACACAGGUAGGAUUCAGUGUUCUCCUCAUCUGGUAAAUUAAAUGUUUACUUUGAAGUAUUUGUAAUUGAUAAUUAUUACAUAAAGUUUUAAAAAAGAUUCAUGGCAAACACAUGCCUUAACUUGAAUGGAUUAAUGCCUAAUUAUGGACUUGAGGCACGCUGUGCUGUAUGUAUUUCCACUUGCCAAAAAUAAAUAAAAAUGACCUGUAUGCAGGUAUCUCAUCUUUA